CUUUGUGACAAUACUAAUUGUAAAAUGCAUAAAAUAUUCAAAUUUGAUUGCUUGAUCAAAACAGUUGUUUAGUAUUGUGAGUGAUUACUGUAGAUACAGAAUUUAAACUUGCUAAAGCCAUCCUCCUUUUUUGUCAUUUUUAUAGAAACACAUAACUAUUCAACUGGGAGAGUCAGGAUCACUGCUGACUCAAUGCAACAGAUGGUGCACCUUGUUCCAUUGUCCUUUUUGUAGUGGUAGUUUUUAAGUCCUCCAAACUGGAAAAAUUAAAAAAAAAAAUUUGAAGAGUCAUUUCAAGAAGGCAGUUCUCCAUGAAGUAUGCUCUGCAUCUUGUCUUGGAUACGCCAUUUGACUUCACAGCUGACAAAGGCGUUCACUAAAGGGGCACUGAAGAGUGUGAAUGAGACCCAGAGCAGUGAGGAGGAACCACGAAUAAAAAAGGACCUCCACACUGCAGUAAAAUGGUUGCGCCAACAUAGACAGUUGUUCAGAGGUGCCGUGUCUGAGCCCCAUUUUCUGGAGAUGGAGGAGGAGGACCAAAGCCGAGCUCUCCAGGACAUCAUCGAUGCAGUCGAAACUGAAGAUUUAAUUUUGGCAAAAGAACCCUUUUUAUUUAUUUUUCAGUUUAGGGAUGAUAUGGAACUUUUCACUCAGGAAUGUCGGGAUAAAAUGAAACUUAAAGUAAACUACAUAUAUAAUUAAUCAGUAUAAUUAUUGUCUGUUGCUACACUGAUUGUUACUUGUAUUGUAUUGUGCGUUAAUGCUCUGUUGAUUUCAGUUUAUAAUACUUUGAUUUUUCUGUUUUCCUUUGAU